AUGGGAAUGGAUGGCUCACAAUGGGGCUCCUGGCUUAUCUCCUCUUCCAUCCACCCGCUGUUCCGCUCCCACCUCUCACACAGUGCAGACCUGGCCCUCGCUACCUUUCUUAUUAUCACAGGUGUCAUGUCGCUGCUGGGGAACGGCUUGGUGCUGUUAGUUUACAGCAGGAAGAGGAAAAAACUCAAACCUCCAGAGCUUAUGACCAUCAACCUGGCUGUCUGCGAUUUCGGCUUCAGCCUCUUGGGAGCUCCAUUUCCCAUUAUUUCCAGCUUGUGUCACGCCUGGGUGUUUGGGGAGACGGGAUGCCUCUGGUAUGGCAUGCAGGGCUUUGUGUUUGGCAUCGGCUCCCUCCUAACCACCUGUCUCAUCUCCAUGGACCGCUGCCUGAAGAUCUGCUGCUUCAGAUACGGUCAGUGGAUCGGGAGGCGGCAUGUGUCUCUGUCCAUAGGGCUUCUGUGGGUUUACACUUUCUUCUGGGCCUCCCUGCCAGCUUUUGGCUUUGGGAGCUAUGGACCAGAGCCCUAUGGAACUAGUUGUACCAUCAACUGGUGGAGAAUGAGGUCAUUUCUAAAUGACAGAGUCUACAUCAUCCUGAUCCUGAUGUUAUGCUUUGGAUUCCCCACACUCACUAUCAUCACAUCAUAUUUGGCCAUCCUGCUGACGGUCUAUAGAUCUAAUCGCACCCUGGCAUCUAUAUCUUCCACCUUUGUUAGUCACACCAGUAAAGAUCUCAGACUCACAAAGAUAGCUGCUGUUGUGUGCAGCACCUUUCUUCUGGCCUGGACUCCCUAUGCCACCGUGUCCCUCUACUCCGCCCUCAUUCCCAGAGACGAGCUAGAAGCAGAGAACACCUCACAAACUGUGGUGGAUGAGACGACUGGUUCAUCCUUAGGUUCUCCUACCACUCCAAAGAUGCUUGAUUUCCCCUCACUGCUCAACUGGACUGCACAAUAUUAUGGAAACCUCUGUUUUAGUGCUGAAAAGUGGAGGGAUGUUGCUAAUGUGCCCCCCUCCUCCACCUCAGGCCCAAAUGAGGCUUUUGCCCGUCUCAGCUCCUCGCUGGACCAGGAGAGGGAGCCAGUGCCAUCAAGUUCCCAGCCUGUCUCCUGUCUGCCACCCAUCUUCACCCUGAUCCCUGCCAUGUUCGCCAAGUCACACUGCAUGAUUAACCCUUUCAUCUACCAGAUCAUGAACAGGGAGUUCAGGGAUGAUGUCUAUGAAGUUUUGUUUGGUCGUGAGAAGGCAGAGAGGAGGAGAGUCCGCGGGAGAGAGGGAAGCCACUGUGAAAGAAGCAUCAGCCUCUCCUACAGCUUGAGGAGGAGGAGCAGACCCAAGGCCUUGUCUGAGUUGGAGCGAAGGAAGAAAAGGAAGAAUAGAGGGAGGAGUAAAAAAGGAAGCAGAGGCUCCUGGACAGACGACAUCUCAGUGCAGCGUAAUGCACUAGACUCUGGCUCCUUGGACACCCAGGUAGAUACAGGGAAAGAGCUGGGAGGCUCCAUCUACUAGACAGACAGACAGACAAGCAGGCAGGCAGGCAGGCAGGCAGGCAGGCAGGCAGGCAGGCAGGCAGGCAGGCAGACAGACAGACAGACAGACAGACAGACAGACAGACAGAUGAUUUAAUUUAAUUUAAUUUCGUUGUGAGGGACUAGGUGAAAGAGAUCUAUGUAUACACUUUUUGAACAGUUCAUCAUUAGAGAUAAUAGUGCACCAGACUACAAUAAAUACCUAAAACACACACUGAUGACUGGGCUUG